GGAAUAGAUCAAUGACAGUUGGUCUAUAGUUUAUGGUGGAAAAAUCGAUAAAGCUAUUCAAGUAAUCAGUAAAAGCGUUCAAUAUUUAAUCAAUUCAUGAAAUGAUUAAUGUUUUGACAUCGAGAGGCACAAAGACAAGAUAGAGCAAAAUUAGUAAUGAAGACUAUGUGACAGAAACAUAAUUGUGAUAAUUUUUUAUACUGAGUAAAAAUACAAUUUUUGGUGAUUAAUUUGUAACAUAAAAUUGACAUGAAAUCGUUUUGUGAGAGAUGAGUGUCUUCGGGGAUUUUCAACGUGUGUGGGUGCAACGAUUUCCAGAGAGUGCUUUACCAGCCGCUUGGGAGGAAGAUGUCAGGGCCAAUUUAGCUAAACACAAACAGAAAGUGGCUAUACUCAGGGAGGAGUUAGAGAAGGAAGAGUUCUACGUGGAGUAUCUGGAGACCCUGUUGUCUGAUGUGGAGAAACAUAAGACAGCGUCGCUGGGGAAAGGGGUGCCGCCCUCGGGACUUGACGUGAGCGAGGCUGAUGAUAACGCGGCUGAUAUCAAGCAGGUUUCCAACACAGACUCAUUAUCCAAGAAGAGCAUAACAAGUCUAACAAGUAGUAAAAGCGAUGAGUCUGCCCCUGAGACGGCUGAAGCCGAACCAGUUCAGUUGAGGAGUAAGCCUAAUAAGCCGCUGCAUGCGGAGAGGAGCUCCGUCAACCAGUGCAUCAAUGAGCUCUCUUCUAACUUGGUGGCCGAGGCGGCUCGGAGAAGAUGCAACAGUGAAGUAGUGCAGCGAACUGAAAAUAAUCAGGAUACAAAUGCUUUAGAAGAAACGAGUCCGAGUCCAGCUAAAAACCGUCCAGCGUCACAAGCGGGUGAUUUUGUAACAGUCAUCGAAGUCAAUGGUCUGAAGGCAGCCGAGAAUGCGUCCAAGAAAGUCCAGGAAUCGCCGCCGUCUUCUGAGAGCAGCCCCGUGGACCCCACGGCCGCUGCUAAGAAAAAAGUACCACCCAAACCUCCACCGAAAACGUUUGGCAAACGUGGCGCCUCGCUGCCCGAGUCGGACCUCCCUGGAGACAGUCCACCAUCGUCGCUGGGGCGGAGACUCCGUGGUGCGGAGUCUCGGGAGUCCAUCGGCAGCAGAGCAUCCACGCCCUCCAUCAGUGAACGAGUGAAAAGCUACGAAUCCAUAAACUCCUUAUCAUCGGAGCGCAAACGCUCCGGCGGGGCGGCGACGCCGCUCUCCAUCGACGAGGAGGCGUCCACGCCCGACACGCCCGGCGAGACGGGCGGGGAGCCCGCCUCGCUGGAGAGCAUCCCCGCCGGGCCCGAGGACGAGCCCUACUAUGACCAAGUGCCGCAGGACAUUAACGAUGGCGAAUACGUUUAUAUACAAGCAGGCGGUACGGGAUCUAGUGCGGACGACGCAUCAAGCGGCGCCAGCACGUUGGCGCUGUCCACGCCGGCCGCGUCGCAGGCGCCCACCGCGCCGCGCGCGCCCGACUCGCCGCCCGUCGCCACCGCGCCCAACUACGUCAACAUACACUACUUCAUACAACAAGCGGGUGAAGGCGCGGAGGCGAACGAAGCCAACACAGAGUUAGCGGAUUCCAGCGACACACCGCUAUUGUUGAGGACAAUAUCCUCUGACACAGAGGCGAGCGCCACGCCGCCUGCCUUGAGGAAGCUACAGCACCAGGAAUCGAUCAAUAGCAGUAAUGCGGAGGCCGAGCGCCUCACCAUGCAUCGGUGCAUUGUCACGAGUAUCAUCGAGAGCGAGACCGUCUACGUCGAAUGCCUAUACGUUAUGGAAAAGUACAUGAACGCCAUAAAAGCGACGCUGUCGACGUCCCAGCCUGUGAUAACGGAGGAAGAGUUCAACACGAUAUUUUACAAAAUAUCCGAGCUGCAUGAGUUACACAAGAACUUCCUCGAGGGACUGAAGGCCGCCGUCGCUAGUUGGGAAGAGCCUCUAUCCGUGGGAAGCCACUUUAAAAAAAUGGCGGAGAACAUAAACGUAUACGGCGCGUUCCUGCACAACUACGGUCGCGCGACGGACGCCGUGCGACGCCGGUGCGCGAGCUCGCAACGCUUCGCCGACCUCACGCGCCAGAUCGCCUGCCGCGGCCAGCCCAUGUCGCUCGACGAUCUGCUGCACAAACCCGUCGCUAGAGUCCAGAAGAACGCUCUUGUCUUGCACGAUCUCAUAAAAUACACCCCUGCAAGCCAUCCUGACCACGCGAUGCUCACCGACGCACUCAACAUGACACAACAUUUCCUCGACGAAUUUAAUAUUAUACAAACUAAAUCUAUGUUCCCUAACGCAGACCGCGCCCAAAGAAGACUCGUCAAGAAUUCAUUUAUUGUAGAACUUUCGGAUGGACAUAGAAAAUUGAGGCAUUUAUUCCUUUUCAAUGAUGUCAUAGCUUGUGCCAAAUACAAGGCUUCAGGGCGCGAUAAGUUCACGUUCGAGUUGAAGUGGUUCAUCCAGCUGCCGGAUAUCGUGGUGGUAGAGGAGGAGGUCGGCGCAGCGGACGCGCGGGAAACCUCCCCCGCCAACAUCGUGGCCCUCAAGUCGCAGGCGUCCACCGUGCGCGACCAGAUACUGGCUGAAGAACGAGCCGCGCAGGAUGACAAGAAAAUCAGACUGGGCAGUCGCGGCACGGCAGAAAAGCAGCGCAAGAAGCUUGCAGAGCUAGAGGGGCAGCUAGUACUGGCAUCGCCUAACCUGGUGCUACGGAUUGGAGCGCGCGCACCCGGCGCGUCCGCGCUGCAACGGCACCACAUCUUCUUCCUGAGUUCCGAGUAUGAGCGCACGCAGUGGAUCGACUCCAUACAUGCACUACAGGCAUCAUCGGCGCCACCAGGCGGCUCAGCGGCCGUGUCGAUGCUGGAGCUCCAGGCGUGGGUGACGGCGUGCCGCAGCUACCUGCAGACGGACAUGGGCUCGUACCUGCUGCGCAGCGGGCGCGACGACUCGCUGCUGCUGGGCGACCUGCAGCUGCACAUCACCGGCAUGACCGCGCCGCUCGACUCCUCCGCCGACUACUACAUAGUGGUGGAGGUAGAUUCGUACGGGCACUACUUCCGCAAGGCGAAGUCGAAGCUGGUCUGCCGAACGGCGCAGCCGCGGUGGAACGAGACCUUCACGCUGGAGCUGGAGGGCUCGCAGAACCUCCGCCUGCUGCUGUACGAGGACGCGGCGCGUCCCGUGCUGCGCGGAAAGUGCACUGUCAAGCUGUCGCGGUCCUGGGCGGCGGAGGCGGCGGGCGGGGGGGCGGCGCGCACGGUGGCGCUGGGCGGCGGCGCGCUGCCGCUGCGGCUGCGGCUGCUGCCGCCCGAGCACUCCGCGCGCCGCGUGCCCACCGCCAAGCCCGGCACGCUCUUCGGCGCCAAGAUCACCAGCGUCGCCAAGCGUGAGAAGCGCAACAUCCCGUUCAUCAUCAGCGCGUGCGUGCGCGAGGUGGAGCGGCGCGGCAUCCUGGAGGUGGGCGUGUACCGCGUCUCCGGCAGCGCCUCCGACCUCGCGCGCCUGCGCAAGAGCUUCGAGACCAACGCUUACGAGGCAGAACAACUGCUGAAAGAAGUUGACAUCCACUCUGUGACCGGCGUGUUGAAGCUCUACCUACGAGAGCUUCCCGAAGCGCUGUUCACUGAUGCGCUGUACCCAGAUUUUUUGAAAGCUUGGAGCGCAACACAGGGCGUGGGCACUUCAGUAGACUCCGGUCCGGCGCAUACGCGGCGGCAUGCGCUUAUGAAGUGUUUCGCGCAGCUGCCCGACCUCAACAAAAAUUGCAUCGAUUUCCUGCUCAAUCAUUUUGUCAAAGUGAACCAGCACGAGGCGGACAACAAGAUGUCGCUGCACAACCUGGCGACGGUGUUCGGGCCGACGCUGCUGCGGCCGGGCGGCGCGGCGGCGGGCGUCAAGCUGCGCGCCGACCAGCUGGCGGCCGGCACCGUGGACGCCAUGGCGCAGGCCGGCAUCCUCUACUGCCUGCUGCAGCAGCGCCAGCUCGCCGCGCAGCUCUCCUCCCACCACCGCGGCAACUGACCGCCCCCGUCACCCGCACACCCACCCACGGACUGGACUGAUCUAUCCCUACAGAAACGCUAAUCUCUACACUAGCUAAUCUCUAGCGUUGUAAUCUUACAACGCUAGAGUCGACCCGCUAAGUUUUAAUGCGAAAUGCUACGUCAAGUGUGCCGCUUCUAUGGAAUAUGUAUGUAUUGUUACCGAGUCUGUGCUAAGUUAGCGCGUCCGGAGUCUAUCUAUACUUUUUUUUGUUACUGUGGUUUAUUACUCCUUGCCGAUUUAAGAAAGGUGGCUUUCACACGUUAGGAAAAUGUUCGGUGCGAAAAUAUUGUUCUUAACACCACCAUAGAGAAAUAUAGUAAGCAUAACAUUUGAAAAAUGUGAUGUUGAUGCUCUGGAACUUUUUUAAUUCUUGGGUGUUUUCUGGUUUCAAAAUCCUGACAAAUUACAGGGCGGCACUCUAUUUCCAUGCGUAGUACGUAUUUGUAUUGUAAACGUGUUAUAGUCAUUUGAAAUAUUGAGUCACACAAAAAUGGUACUAUACUAUUGUAAUACCACUUAAUUCACUAUCGCGUGCUGAAGGUAACAUUACCUUCCGCGAUUAAAAUGUUGAAUAUACUUAUAUCGAUAAUCGGUAUAAGAGUUAUAAGUGCUUUCAUUUCAAGUUUACGUGUGACACUGACUUGUUUUUGCUUGUAAUAUGAUAAAAAAAAAACAUCCUUAAUUUACAAUAUAUUAUAUUAGUAUUUUUUGCACGACAGAGUGCUUGAUUAAAUUCGCAUAUAUUUAAAAUUGUAUACUUCUUUUUAUAACUAGCUUUGGCGUUUUGAUGUCUGCGUGAGGGAAACGACUUCUGAAGUGAACCUAGAAAUAGCUUCCACGUCCUUCCGCGGGAACGCUUGUCCUUUAUUAAAAUAUUGCCUGUUAACGAAUAGGCGUUAAGUUAGAUAGUCAACUCGAACGAUCCAAAACAUACACAAACGACGGUUACAAUCAUAAAGACAAAUAUUUAAAAUGCCUUAGCGUUCGUGCAAAUUAGAGGUAAGUGUAAACGUAAGAUUUUUUCUAAAUUAAAAUUUUUCUGAGUAUUCAUUUUUUGGUCACAAAAUGGUGGCCCAACAAAGUAUCGUAGCAAAUUUUAUUGGAGCCACCGGCUUCGCUCACACAAGUUUUCUCUUUUUAAUAACUCUAUUGUUUAAGCGGACAUAGGUAGAUUUAUAUAAGGAAGGGUUGAAGAAUUAAUAGUUAUAGUUACAAAUCUGUGUAAGUCAGUCAGCAGGCUCACGACACAAAUGUGUGCUAUUCUUGAAACUCAGUUACAUUUUGUACAGGGCAUACUAGAAUUAGACAGUUAUUUUAAUAAUGCAGUUGUCCAUUAUACAUUAUUUAUUUUAUUUACAUUUGUACCAUUUGGAGUAAAACAGAUACCGGCCAAACAAUCGCCAAGUUUAUAUAAGUUAGCCUGUAAUUAUAAUCGGCAGAUAAAAGUAAAAUCAUAACAAGUACAUUACAAUUCAUGAACGAAUACAUUUAAGCUUUCUAAUUUAAAUACACUGCCAGAUUUAAGUCCAAUUACGUUUUAUAAAUAAGAAUCCAUUAUUGGAAUAAAGUGUAUUAUUUCUAACCAGUAUUCGUAAUUAUAUUCAAAAUCAAUCAUGUAAGUAACAAGUGUUAUGCGACAUUCCAUGAAAUAAAACAGACUGAGUGUAGAACUAUUACACGUAAUAUCAUUUCCAGAAAUUUAGCUUAUUAACAAUUUUGAACUUUAAAUACUGGGUCGAAAAGAAAUUUAAGAUUCAGUGAGUAUUAGGAAGUGGGACCCAAUUAAUAAUAAUGAUUGUAAUAAAUGAUUAGCAUAUAAAUUGGAGCAGACUGAUAUGAAUUAAUUGUUUACUUUUUUUCUACCUUCGACAAAACACCUUUGAUCAAAGUAAGUUUUAGUUUUGUAUGACUGCAGCACAAGCAGGACCUUUGUGGAAGACUAAAUUAUUUUAACGUGAUUUUUUAUUUAAUUAUGGAUCUGUCUGCGGUUAAUAGUGCAGGAGACGAAUGAUUAUUAUUAUUAUUAUAUAGGGGAUGAUGUUUCGGUUGUCACGUAGCAUUGUAAUGCUAGUCGUCUUUAUUUAAUAUGUUCAAUUAUUGUAUUGUUGUCAGUACGGGGUUGCGGCUGCCUCGCUGCAGCAGCGCAAUGCACUUGCACUAGGUGAGGUUCGCUCGCUAGCUUAGACAUAGUAUUAGGUGUUUAUUUCACAAGUAUACUAGUAUGUACUUAAAAGUAAAUAUUAUUACCAAAAAAUUGAUAAAAGCUUAGAGGGAGGUUAUAUCCAUUUUAAAUUUGUGUUAUAUUUUUGUUUAAUCCCAUUGACAUUUAUGAUUUAUGUUGAUAUAAUUAAUAUAUUAGUAAUUUAGGUGACCAAACUGUACCUUUUUUCUUUUUACAAUCUUUAUUUUCUUCACCAAAGACAAUAUUACUUGGGUUUUUGCCAUGAUUUCAUAUUAAGGAAUACUUAAUAGAAUUCCAACAAAUUUUGCCAAAGUUUGCCAAUUAAUACAUCUGCAAUCUUUUUGAAAGCCAUAUUAUUUUGUGCUUGAUUGAAUGCUUGAAAGUGUUGAUAUAUCUAAUCGAAUGUUGAUAGUUGAACUUUUACCUUCCACUGAACUAUGCUUUGAGGAUGUCUUUGUGGAAGUUUUCUUAGUUACAUUUGGCACAGCAAUAUUUUGACACUGUUUUGAAAUUACUAUUAGUCAUCAUAGAAGCAUUUAGAAGGUAAUUCUUUGUCAGACUGAAGGCAGUAAGUUCACAAGCUUACUGCUGCCAAAUGAAUUAUAUUAACCAGUCUUGUACACAGUUGUAUUAUGAAUGUUACCUUAUAGUCUGCUAUUAUUAUUUCAAUAUAAGAUUCUCUAUUUAAUAAGUUGUGCUAGUAAUAAUCCUGCUGUAUUAUAGGUAUUUACACAACCAGGUUUACUCCCACACUGUAUUGAAUUUUUGUAUAUAUGACACUGAAAUGUAGUAAUGUAACAUUUGCAAUAAAAUGUAUUUUUAUUACCACCUUUAAA